ACACAGUCUCUUAGCAGCAUCAACGACGUAUACAACGCAGAACGUUACUUCUCGUCUUAAGUUAGUUAUUCACAAAUCGAAGAAGAAUUCUCUCGAGUAUUGUUUAUUCAUGAAAAUUAAUUUUUUAAAUUUGAUAUUCUCGAGGAAGAAGAAGAACAGAAAAAAGAGAAGUAACGUUGACGAGAGAAGUCAUAGAAAAUGUGGACUGUCGGAUUGUUGAUCAGCUUCUUUGGUCUUCUGAAUAUAUUGCCAUAUGACGUCUUGGCUCAAGAUGGACCAUCAUGCGUUAAUCCUUUGGGAGCGAACGGUAUAUGCAUAAAUAUUAGGAAGUGUCCAAUUUUGUUACAAGUUUUACAAGCACAACAACCGGAAACAAUUAAUUUCUUAAGAUCUUCCCUAUGUGGUUACGAAGGCUCUGAUCCACGUGUUUGUUGUCCUAAUAAUGUGAACGAGAAUAAUAAUAAUGAGCCUAAUAGCCAAGAAACUGAAAAUACACCUUAUGGUCCCCUAACUCCGCCAGUUUGUGGCAUCAGUUAUAAAGAUAAUGAUAGAAUUGUUAAUGGUGUACCAUCAACAUUGGGUUCCUGGCCAUGGAUUACAGCUUUAGGAUAUCGCAGUAAGAAAAAUCCAAAUAAACCGGUAUUCCUUUGCGGUGGAACUUUAAUUUCUGCUCGACAUGUCGUCACGGCCGGACAUUGUGUUUAUAAUCGAAAAGAUUUAUAUAUGGCACGUCUUGGAGAUUUAGAUUUGGAAAGUACUGAAGAUGGUGCUGAACCAAUUAACGUUUUAAUAGAAAAUAAAAUUUUACAUCCGGAAUACAAUCCAUCGAGUCAUGUUAACGAUAUUGCUAUACUCAGAUUGGCGGAUGAAAUUCCAUUUUCACGAAAUAUUCAUCCUAUUUGUUUACCAAUUAGCGAACCAUUACUUCAUUCCAAUUUUUAUAAUACAUUCCCUUUCAUUGCUGGAUGGGGAGCAAUUUAUUUCAAUGGUCCAUCGAGUAGUAAACUUUUAGAAUCACAAAUUCCCAUAGUUAAGCAAGAAAAAUGUCAAAAUGCAUUUAAAUCUUUCUCCAAUGCAAUUAUAGAUGAUCGUAUUAUAUGCGCUGGUUAUGCUGCAGGUGGAAAAGAUGCAUGCCAAGGUGACAGUGGAGGACCGUUGAUGAUUCCUAGUAAUAACAGUUAUUAUCUUAUUGGUGUUGUAUCUUAUGGAUAUCGAUGUGCAGAACCUGGUUAUCCUGGAGUUUAUUCGAAAGUUUCAUCUUUCCUCAAUUUUAUAAUAGAUAAUCUUAUAUAAUAAUGACUAUAUUAUAAUAACAUUUGAAUCGUACGUUUUAUACAUGGUUAAGUAAUAAAUCGAAUUUUUGAAAUAUCAAAAUAGACACUAGUUUGUUAUAUAUAGGAUGUUCUAGUAUUUUCUUUCGCAAAAUUUCGUAAAAAAAUAAAAAAAGGGUAUAAAACAAAAAUAAAUAUAUGUCAGGAAUAAGUGCAAAGAAUUCGUGAAAUAUUUGCUGCAAUUAAGGAAAAUGAAGAAAAGAUAAGUAAUACAAUAAAUUCUAUUUUCCGUAGAUACCAGUCCUGCAUUUAUAAUAACGGAUAACAUUUUGAAAUUAAAUUAUAAUUGAAAUUUAUAAAAUUUUUUGGAAACUAAACUAGAACAUUCUGUAUAUCGUUCGGUAAUAUUUUGUAUUUUGUAUUAUUUUGCUUUAUAUUAUUUAAAUAUACGCGCGUAAAAAA